AUGCCUCGAUCAUACGUGAAGAAAAAUAAUAGACAACAUUAUUCAAACGAUGAUUUACGGCAAGCUCUCAAUAGCAUCAAUGAUGGUAAGUCUAUUCGUCAAGUGGCUGCAGACAGUCAUAUACCACUUUCAACACUUCAACGUCAUGCAAGCGGAGAUGUACUACAAUUUGGCUCGGGACGUUCAACUCAUUUUACUAUUGAAGAAGAAAAACAUCUAGCAAAUGCUUUAACUGUAUUACAUGUAAAAGAAUGGGGAGAACCAUUAACAAUCGAAGAAUUCCUUAAAUUAGUAGCUAUUUAUACAAAACAUAUUAAAAGACCUGACAUGUUCAAGGAUGGCACACCUAGUCGCGAUUGGUAUUAUGGAUUUAUGACGCGUCAGUGUGAUUUAAAAUUAAAAACCCCUCAACCAUUAGAAAAAGCCCGUGUCGAUAUUUCUCAAAGUACCAUUACAAAAUGGUGUGCUUUAAUAGAAUCAAUUUUUGAAAAAUGCAAUUUGAUGGAUAAACCAUCUCAAAUAUUUAAUUGUGACGAAACUGGCUUUUCGGAUAAAUCGUCAGCUAAGAAAGUUCUCGUCAGGAAAAAUAAGCGAUUUACAUAUCAAGUUCAAUAUGGCUCUGGUAAAGCGCACAUAACAACGCUCUUCUGUAUUAGUACCAGUGGACAAAUAUUACCACCAUAUAUUGAUGCUGGUUAUAACUGUUCUCGAAAUGGCUGGAUGGAGGAAGAAAUAUUUUUCAAAUGGUUUAUGGAAAUAUGUAUUCCUUAUAUCAAAGAUAUUGCACGCCCAUUACUUUUAAUAUUAGAUGGACAUAGUUCUCACAGAAGCGUUCGGUUAGUUGAAGCAGCAAUUGAACAUCAAGUUAUUCUCUUUGCUUUGCCACUACAUACCACACACAUUUUACAGCCAUUGGAUGUAGUUGUGUUCAAACCAGUCAAAGAAAAAUGGAAACAAAUAUUAUCGUUGAAUGAAAAUUCAGGAAAACCUGUCAACAAAGAUAACUUUCCAGGCUUACUGGCUCAACUAUUUGAAAAAGGAGUUAUAAAAAAAUCAAAUAUUGUGUUAGCAUCGUCGAAAUCUACUUAUUUAUUUACCAAAAUCCCAAGUGCAAAUACAAGUCUUUGGGAUCAUGAUGAAGCUCAUGAUGACGAUGGUGUACAAGAUCUAAUAUCACCAAUCAAUACCAGCGUGUGGGAUCAUGAAUUCGAUAUUCCAUUAGAUUUAUCUCGACCAACAAAAUCAACUAUUAAAAUUUUACCUUCGUCAUCUGCACUACCAUUACUGUUACCAUUAUCACCACCAAUGAGUCCAGCAACAGCCAUUCGAAAUUCUCUUCGUUCAAUGAGACCACCUGCCAUUGAACAACCACCAUCAAAGCAAGUUGUUCUUGAUCGACAGGCUGGCCAGCUUUUAACAGGCGAACAAGCCUUAGAACAAUUGAAAGCGAAGGAAGAACGUAAAGCUACUGAAAAAUCAACCAAGUCUAAACGAGCAAUAACAUCAACUAAAAGAUGUUCUUCAACAAAAGCAAAAAUAAAGAAAAAGUAA